AUGCUCGACUACAUCCCCAAAGAGCUGCUGCCUUUGGGAAUUUUCCUAUUUUUUUGCGCACUCAUCGGAGUUAUCGGAAAUCUCAUCAUGCUCAUUGUCGUCGUCAGAACCAAGUGAUUUUUCAGAGAUUUUCAGAUUUUCAGCCAAAAAAUCUGAAAUUUUCAGACGUUUCCGCUCACCCUGUCAUGUGUUAAUUGCGAUCACUUGUGUGGCCGAUGCGAUUCAUAUUUCGGGACAAUUUCCGUUUUGUGUGCAUCUUUUUGGGAAUUGUGAGUCCGAAAAUUGGCUGCGUACAUUGAUUAGAUACUCAGCCAACCCAAAACAUCGUAUUUUUUAUGUUCUUUAACUUAGAUAGCUCAAAUUGGCUGCGUACCUUGAUUAGAUACUCAGGCAACCCAAAAUAUGCCUUGUUUAGUAUCAAAAUAUCGCAUUUUUCAUGUAUUUUUAACUUAUAUAGCUCAAUUUGGCUGCGUACCUUUUUUGGAUACUCAGCCAACCCAAAAAAUGUUCCCAAACUACAUGCACUAAAAGUUUAACCCAAUUAUUUUUAUUUUAUUAACCCUAAGUUGCCCUAACGCCCUUAAGGAAAUUUUUUUAAAGAAAAAAAGAAAAAAAAAUUUGGGGGCCCAAAACUCCAAUUUUUUUUUUACAGUAACCUCCACCCAAGCCCAAUGCUAUUUCAUGUUAACCGGCCCGAUUGUGGGCCUAACCACAGGCGGCCCCCUAAUCUUAGCAAUGGGUAUAGAUCGUCUGAUCGCCGUCAAAUUUCCCACGCGCUACAGAUAUUAUCAGGAGGAGCCCAGGAGCUAUAUUAUUGUCCAACUCAUUUUCCCGAUUUCCUAUGCCGUCACAUUUUUGAUCUACGGUUUCUGGGUUCGCGAUUCGAAUGUGAAAAAUCAAAUAAUCUGCUCGAAUCCGCUGGCAUUACGUGACACGGCAUUUCAAAUGUUCACCUAUUCCAGUGGAAUUAUUUAUGUUUUUGUGGGAGUUAUAUAUUUGAGUGUUUAUUGCUUGCUGAAAAGCAAUAAAGCUAGUGAGUUUGGCUGAAAAUUGUUUCUCUCAUGAUUUUCAGCACAAAAUUUCAGCCUAGAAAACUAUUUGAUCCAUUUUUUCGGAAUUUUUGGCACAAUUUUCUUUCUAGGCUGAAAUUUUGCGCUGAAAUUCAUGGAAUUGCUGAAAAUCGCUGAAAAUCACUAUUUCCAUGAGUUUCAGCACAAAAUUUCAGCCUAGAAACUCAUUUUUCUACAGUAAUCUGGUUGAUCCAUUUUUUUGGAAUUAGUGGCACAAUUUUUCUACAGUAUCCUUUGAAAAGUUUCUAGAUCAAAAUUUAGUGCUGAAAUUCAAUAUUUUCAUGAUUUUCAGCACAAAAUUUCAGUUUUACAUAAAAAAAACACAUAUCUCAUUCCAGGCGCCCGUUUCAAAAGUGUCUUUCGAAGUCUCGCGGUUACUGUAGGUAUCGUAGUCUUCGGCUGGGUCACAACUACAGUAGCCAACACUUUGAGCUAUAAUAUUACAUCGGAUACUUAUACUGCACAAUUGAUACAAAUGUAUGCUGGAAUUACAGUCAACUCGUCGGCUGCUGCUAAUAUUUUUGUUUUCUAUUUUAUCAAGUGAGUUUGGACUCGAAAAAAUCAGAAAAAUGCUGAAAUUUUGAUGAAAAAUGAGAUUUUCAGCGAUUUUCAGCUAGUUCACGAUUUUCAGCGCAAAAUUUUAGUCUAGAAACUCUUCAAAAGGUACUGUAGAAAAUUGUGCCGCAGAUUCCAAAAAAAUGGAUCAACCGGGUUACUGUAGAAAAACAGUUUUCUAGGCUCAAAUUUUGUGCUGAAACUCAGGAAAAUAGUAAUUUUCAGCGAUUUCCAGCGAUUUCAUGAGUUUCAGCGCAAAAUUUCAGCCUAGAAAGAACAUUGUGUCGAAAAUUCCGAAAAAAUGGAUCAACCGGGUUACUGUAGAAAAAUGAGUUUCAAGGUUGAAAUUUUGUGCUGAAACUCAUAGAAACAUUGAUUUUCAGCGCUGAAUAUCGCGGAGCCAUUCGUUUGCUCUUCGGAAUCAAAGCUGGAACCGGUCCAAUGUUCGAAGCUUCUAGCACAAUGGUGACAAAAGUCAAAAAGGGAGCCGAUCCGAUUUCAGAAUCUGGCAAGAAAAGUGUGAUUCAGACGAGGAAAAUGACAGUAAUCUAGAAUUUUUUGCUGAAUUUCUUUGAAUAAAUUUUUUUCUGGUUUUUCUGAUCUCAAAAAAUCCAAUCUUCGAUUUUUUUUCGGGAAAAUUAAUUAUUUUUUCCCAUUUUUUUGGCAGUCAACAAUUUUUGGUCACAUUUUUCUUCCAACUUAAAAUUCUAGAUCACAAAUUUGCGUCAUAAGGACUAAAACCUGAUUAAAGGACAAUUUUUGGUCUCAAAUUGGCUGCGUACCUUGAUUAGAUACUCAGGCAACCCAAAAUAUGACUGUUUAGUAUCAAAAUAUCGCAUUUCUCAUGUUCUUCAACUUAGAUAGCUCAAAUUGGCUGCGUACAUUGAUUAGAUACUCAGGCAACCCAAUAUAUGCCUUGUUUAGUAUCAAAAUAUCGCAUUUUUCAUGUUCUUUAACAUUAGAUACUCAGCCAACGCUCAAAUUGGCUGCGUACUUUAGAUUUUUUUUAAAAUAUUAUGUAUGUAGUCUAAUUGCUCAUGUUAGUCACAUUUUUCAAAAAACAGAAAAAAUACGUAGGCUGUGGGAUUUUAUGAAAAAAAUGUAUAAAUAAGUUCAUUUGUCAUCAUUUUCCAUGUGAUUUGAUAUAUAAUAUGAGCAAUACACAUUGCUCAUAUUAACCAGAAAACAUGAGUUAUGUUUUUCUGAUUAAUAUGAGCAAUGCCCUUUUUCGCUUUUUCAAGUACACAUUAUAUAUGUGUACCUGAAUUUAAUUAUAGUCUGAAAAUUUGUGCGCACGCCGAUUUUUUUCAGACAAAAAAAAAUCUGAAAAUUUCAGAUUUUUUUUUGAAAAUGUUGGACUACAUUCCUUCACUAAUUCUACCGAUUGGCAUAUUUUUUUUCGUGAAUUCGAUUGUUGGAGUUACCGGAAAUGCGAUUAUGGUUUUGUGCUUCUUUCAGAACAAGUUUGUGGGCUUUUAGGGGGCUUUUGGGGGCUUUUACGGGCAUCUCUGGGCUUCUAGGGGCCUUUAGAAGCUUCCAAAGGCUUCUAAGGGCUUCUAAGGGCUUCUAGAAGCUUUUAGGGGCUUCUAGGGGCUUCUAAGGCUUCCUAAGGCUUUUAAGGGCUUCUAGGGGCUUCGAGAGGCUUCUAGAGGCUUCUAGGGGGUUCUAGAAGCUUUUAGCGGCUUCUAAGGGCUUCUAAGGGCUUCUAGAGGCUUUAGAGGGCUUCUAGAGGCUUCUAGAGGCUCCUGGGGGCUUUUAGGGGCUUCUAGGUGCUUCUGAAGGCUUCUAAGGGCUUCUAGGGGCUUUUAAAGGCUUUUAGAAGCUUCUAGGGGCUUCUAGGGGCUUCUAGAGGCUUCUAUGGGCUUCUAGGGGCUUCUCAGGGCUUCUAGGGGCUUCUAAGGGCUUCUAGGGGCUUCUAGAAGCUUUUAGGGGCUUCCUAAGGCUAUUAAAGGCUUCCUGAAGCUUCUAAGGGCUCCUGAGGGCUUUUAGGAGCUUCUAGGGGCUUCUAGAGGCUUCUAGAGCCCCCCAAAGCCCAUAUUUUCCAGAAGACUCCGCUCACCCUGUCAUAUUUUCAUAACACUUUCAUGUUUUGCCGAUUUAAUCCACCUGGCAGCACAUUUCAUCUAUGCCUAUUAUCUUUUUUGGAAACAGUAGGUCAAACUUUUUUUUUCCCCAAAAAAAUCCCACCUCAAAAUUCCCAGGAACCAACACAGUCUCCAAUUGCUACUUUCAACUCUUCAUUCCACUUUUGGGUCUAACUGGAGCCGGUCCACUGAUUCUUGCGAUGGGUGUAGAUCGACUGAUUGCUGUCAAAUUCCCCACUAAAUAUCGGCAAUAUACAGAGGAACCUCGGAAGUAUGUGAUGUUUCAUCUGAUCUUUCCAGUAUUGUAUAUCGGAAGUUGUAUGGGUUAUGGUUAUGAGACAAAGUUGACUGAUCCAAAAGUGUGAGUUUCUAGCCUGAAAAUCAAUAUUUCCAUGAGUUUCAGCGCGAAAUUUCAGCCUAGAAGACUAUUUUUCUACAGUAAUCCCAGUUGAUCCAUUUUUUCGGAAUUUUUGGCACAAUUUUCUACAGUAGUCAAAAAUAUUUCUAGACCAAAAUUUUGUGCUGAAGCUCAUGGAAUUGCUGAAAAUCGUUGAAAAUUAUUAUUUCCAUGAGUUUCAGCGCAAAAUUUCAGCCUAGAAGACAAUUUUUCUACAAUAACCCGGUUGAUCCAAUUUUUCGGAAUUUUUGGCACAAUUUUCAUUCUAGGCUGAAAUUUUGCGCUGGAAAUCAUGAAAUCGCUGAAAAUAACCAAAAAUCAUUAUUUCCACGAGUUUCAGUACAAAAUUUCAGCCUAGAAAAGUGUUUUUCUACAGUAAUCAAGUUGAGCCAUUUUUUCGGAACUUUUGGCACAAUUUUUCUACAGUAGCUUUUGAGAAGUUUCUAGACCAAAAUUUUGCGCUGAAAAUCAUGGAAUGGUUGAAAAUCGCUGAAAAUCAUCCCCAUUUCCAGCCAAAUAACGUGCGCAGUACCUCUUGGCCUCUGGGGUGCCGCAUUUCAAUUCUUCACCUACACCUCCGCCCUGAUCUACGCUCUAGUCGUCAUAGUCUACCUAACCGUAUAUAUUUUGCUCAAAUCCUCCAGUGCCAGUGAGUUUUUCAUUCCCACGCUCACCAGAUUCUUAAGCUACAAUUUCUCAAGGCGCAAGGUUCAAAAGUGUAUUCAAAUCAAUCUCGAUUACUGUAGGUCUGGUGGUUUUUGGUUGGGUUACAACUACAGUAGCCAAUACAUUGAGCUAUGAGGUGACUUCAGAUGAAUUUUUGGCGAUUGUGAUUCAGAUGUAUGCGGGAGUUAGCGUAAAUCUGGCGGCUACUUCGAAUGUUUUUGUUUUUUAUUGGAUUAAGUGAGUGGGGAGGCCUUGGGAAGCCUUGGGAAGCCUUGGGAACCCAAAAAUCCAAUUAAUUUUCAGCUCCGAAUACCGUGAAGUCAUCAAAUCAAUCCUGGGCCUGAAAAACAAGGCCAAAACGAUCAAUUUUGAGGCCUCUACCGUAUCUGUGCACCCGAAUCGCAAGCAAACUAUGAUAGCUUGA